CGAAUCCCUUACUGUGAUGCCCCUUGGCUGUCCAAGUCCUGCUUUUAUUUAUUUACAUACACAUAUGUUACAAAGUUCGAUAAGUACAGAGGAUCCACCAAGCCUCGAUAUAGGUAUUUAAAUAUUGUAUAGUUAGUCAGACUCAGUUUUCUCGGUAUGAGUUUUCCCACAGUUGACGAUGGUAGGUCAUACUUGCAGGCCGUACGCGACACAUGCACACAGCUAGACACAGAUGGCCUCGUACAGGUGAAUCAGGAUGCGAUUAAGGCGUUUGUGCAAGAUAGGAACGCUGGGAUGAUUCGAAAACUAGGUGAAAGUCUUGCAGCACACAUAACCGGCUUCGGCAUCGAAUUCGAAAGCCUGUUGCAGGAAGUUUCUUUCAUCACGUUUGCACAUGCAAUGGACUUUGGGAGCGGGUUCCGUCAGGAAUUGCACAAAUUUCACAGGAAAGGAGCGUUUUUAACCAUCAAGGCUGGUUUAAUCAACAUGUAUAACUUGAACCAUGAUCUUGAUUCUAGUUUUCUGGCCGAAAUCACCCAAGAUACCGUUACUGAAUGCUUCUUACCAGAUUUGAACGAUUGCAAAGAGGAUAGUGUUACAGAGGCCUUGAAAGUAUUCAUCAGCUAUUUAGUGGGAGUUUCGCACGAGAUAGGAAUCGGAUUGAGAGAUCAAGGCUACAAGCACGUAUACGAGCUCGUAUUGGAUGCUUUAAAGAAAGGAAGCAGCGAUAAUGGCGCCGCUUCGGUAGUAAAGGCACUUGUCGACAGUUUUCCGUACACGUUCAAGGACGCCUACUAUUAUCCCAGCGAAAGCGGCCCCAGCACCAGCAAGCAAGCCGUGUUUCUGUAUAAGAAAGCACAGUUAUCCACUGGAGAGUUAUACCAUUCGUUUAGGAAUCAAGACGAGCGUUUCAACUUCAAAGACGCACACUUGCUCACCGCAUAUGUAGACAAUGUCAUCGUCGCCACUAUGCGCAAGACUGGGUGUAUCACAUGUCGCGAACGUCUUCACAAUGCCAUAGAUACGCAUGUUGCAUUGCCCAAGGGUUCAAAAGAAGAGAUUGCUCUGCGUGCGAAAUCACUGGAAGCUACUGAAUUAAUCGCUAGAGAGUUCAACAAGGUCGACAGUAGUGUCGACCUUAAGGCGUGUGAGGUGGGUAACUAUCUAUGGGCCGUACUGGGGAAGGAGCCAGAGUUCCGAGCAUAUCAGCGACAUGCCACACCGGAUACGUUGUUCUAUUAAGGUUUGAGUAAGUUGUAUGUCUGGUACGAAUGAUAACAGCCGCCAACACCAGUUUAUAAGCUUAGCGAGCAUGACUCAAAACGAGUUCAUUGUUUGUAUCGACUGAUCGAUGCUGUAAUAAAACAUAAUUCUGCUAUUUAUUCAAUUCCCAGCUCUUUAUAUCGGAUAAUACCUAUGUACAUACUACGCAAAAGGUUGUCCUUCUAGGCAUAGCUAUGUACAUAGUUUACAAAGAUUAUGCCUGUUGGCAAUUCAGAAGGUAAUUCUUCUACGUAACAACUGUGUACAUAACUCACAUGAUUCAUCCCUGUUUGCAUUCUAUUCUUUCAUUUAACUUUUGGCGCUAAACUCACCUUAUAAUCGCUGACCGCGAAUGUGUCGGGAUUAGUUGUCAACAAAUUUGAUACUUAAGUCCACAUUCGUCAAUAUUACAAUGACGUUAUGAUAGCCUCCCGCGAGUUUGCAUGCUUGUGCAGUUUGCGUUUUAUAUGCAAGGCCCUCACACUAUACCUUCCUUAAAUCAAGACAGAGAAAUACCAUCCGCAUCCACAAGAACACCUAGUGGCCAUGUUCUGCAACAGUCACAUGUGAUACACCAGUAUACUUGACGCAAACAGCAAAUUUCGCAGCCCUAUGGAGUCCUAAAUUCCGCUGCCAAAGUUGUUGAGACAGGCCGCUUAAUGUCAAUGUUUUGCAGUUUUCCGGAGACUUCUUAUCCCCUCCAUUCGAUAUGUGUGUACAUCCGAUCGCUCAGGGCGACUAUCAUCAUUUCCAUAUUUUAAUCGUUUAUAACCGCAAGCUUCCACGAUUCUUGGCUCGCAUAUUAAACAAGUCUCCAGAAGCAAUUUACAGUUCAUAGAAAAC